AUGUAUCCUUCAAGAGGAAAUAACGCGUAUGGGCAGCAACAGCAACAGCAACAGCAACAGCAACAGCAGCAAUCCUUCUCUGGUCAAUCUGCUUAUGGUCAAAAUUUGGCUCCUGAUGGCGGGGCCUCUCAGAUGUCUAUGGCUUCAAGGCAUUCAGCCAUGUUAAGUGGCCAUCCAUCAUCUACUGGAACUCAUUAUGGUGGUCAAUAUGCUUCCGUGUAUGGUGGUUCAGUGGCAAUCAGUAGUAGUGCCCUAGAGGCAUCUGGUGCUAAUGCUAGUGGAGCAUCUGGUGACUACUCUGUUCUUAGUCAAAAAUAUGGUCAAAAAGAGAUUCCUGGUUAUUCACCAGGGGAUAGAUCCCGGGCAGGUGUUUAUCCUGCCCGAGAUUUGCAAAAUGAGCCUACUGCUCGGUUUGGUGAUUCAGUUGCUUAUGGUCAUCAUCAAAAUCAGGGGGACAUAUACAGUCACUUGGAUGCUGCAUCAGCACUACGGAAGGAAUUGCUACAGACUCAGACACUUCAAUCUUCUUCUAUUGAAGGGAGUUCCAGACAAUCUGAUUAUCUAUCAAGGGCAACUACCAUUCGUCACACAGGUCAAGAACUUUCGUCUUAUACUGGAAGAAUGGAUGACAUGUCACAUCAUGGACAACAACAUGCUCCAUCAAUCCUAGGAGCAGCUCCACCACGAGACAUUGACAAUCAUGUGUAUACUCAUACAUCUGCUUCUGCAACUUCUGGUUAUGGAGUCAGCCUGCCACCUGGCAGGGACUACGGCUCUGCAAAGGGUCUUCAUAGCACACCUCAAGCUGCCAUGGUGGCACGUGGUGGUUAUGCAAGGGUUGAUGACAGGGCACAAGGACAAGGACAAGGACAAGGACAAGGACACAGUCGUGAAAUUAACCGAAGAGCUGAAGAUCUUCAUAGGGAUGUUUUAAGAGAUAGAGAAAGAAAGAGGGAACGUGAACGUGUUUUGGAGAGGCGUGAAAAGGAGAGAGAUAGGGAGAAUAAACGUGUUAUUGAAAAAAAGAGAGAGCGGACUCCACCUCGUGUUGAAGCUUCUUCUUCUUCUUUGCAUAGGCGUCGUUCUCCUGCUAAAGAAAAACGAAGAGAUUAUGUUUGCAAGGUUAAUUCAUCCAGUUUAGUAGAUUUUGAGAGAGACUAUUUGUCUAUUGACAAGCGGUAUCCUAGGUUAUUUACUUCUCCAGAAUGUUCCAAGGUGAUUGUUAAUUGGUCAAGGGAGAAUCUUAAAAUUCCUUUGAAUGUUCCUGUCAGUUUUGAGCAUGAUUUUGUUAAAGAUGAUACAGAAACUCAGCAGAAAGAGACAUCCAUUACAACAAUGGUUGAUGAUCCUGUAAAAUCAGAGCACACCCGGUGGAAUGCAAAGAUUGUAUUAAUGAGUGGACUCAGUCAAAAUGCUUUGGAGGAGCUAUCAUCUGAAAGAGAAUAUGAAGAUCGAAUUCCCCAUUUUUGCAACAUGAUUAGGUUUGCUUGUCUUAAAAGUGGGAAUACUUUCAAGGCAAUUGGAGGCUUUUGGGAAACCACAGAUGGCAAUGAUCCUUCAGUUGACAAAUCCACUCUUGUUCAUACUGCUCUCAGGUAUGCCAAAGACCUCACAGGACUUGAUUUGAAAAACUGCCAACAUUGGAAUCCUUUCCUUGAGAUUCAUUAUGACCGAGUUAAAAAAGAUGGAAUAUUUAGCCAUAAGGAGGUCACAGUACUCUAUGUUCCUGAUUUAUCAGAUUGUUUACCUUCAGCAGAUGCAUGGAGGGAUCAAUGGGUUUCACACAAGAAAGCUAUUGCUGAGAGAGAGCAUCAACAUGCUCUUAAAAGAGAGAUUGCUCGAGGAAAGAAGGAAGGCUUGAAAGAUAAGGAACCUGGGACACCCAAAGAUCUGAAGAAGGAUGCAAAAUUAGAAAAAAAGAAAGUGUCUGAAUCUGAUGAGUCAGCAUCAAAACUUAAAGAAAUGGCAAAAGAUAAAGUCAAAGAACCUGAAAAUGAGGGAGUUCAUAUCAAUAUAGAGAAGAAAAAUGUGGUUGAGACACCUGGCGAAGGGAAUAACUCUGUAGAAAAGAAAACUGGUAGUGGAAAAAAGAAAAUCAUUAGAAAAGUUAUAAAAAAGAAGGUUGUUAAAAAAGAUAAAGCAGGAGACACAACCAAACAAACUGAUACAUUAUUAGAUUCCAAGAAAGCGGGAGAGACUACUACAGAGACAGAAGCUGCAGGUCAAAGUCAAAGUCAAAGUCAAGGUCAAGGUCAAGAGUCAACUGGUAAUACUCCUGCUGUGAAUACUCCUACAAAAAAGAAAGUUAUAAAAAAGGUUCCUGUGGUGAAAUCUGUUAAGAAAGAAGAUGUAGGGACACAAUCUGAAGUGACACCUGUCAAAGAGAAAGAGAGCUCUGAAAUCAAACCAAAGAGUGCAGAUACAGGAAGUCUUAAAAAUGUGAAAAAAACUGUAAAAAAGAAAAUAAUAAAAAGGGUUGUGAAAAAAAAGGUUGUUGCUAAAGAUAAAGUGGCAGAUAAACCAGAAGUAACUAUUGAGGAGGAACAAAGUGUUGCCCCUGAGCAGAAAAAAGAUGAAACUGAAAACAAGGGUGAAAAGAAAGGUAAAAUGGGUUCCAAAACGAAGGGUAUUAUCGUCCAGUCUGACAAUAAUGAAAAGCUGGAAACUGAGGAGAAGUUGAAGGAGGGGAAAGUGAAAAAAGAGAAGGAUGUUAAAGGUGAAACAAAGGGUAAAGAAGUAAAAGAUAGUAAAAAGGAUGAUGAGGUUCCUAGACACCCUGGGUUGUUUCUCCAAACAAAAGAGAGCAAUAAAUUUCGUUCAUCUUCACUUUCACUGGAUUCCCUCUUGGAUUAUGAUGAUAAUGAUGUUGAAGAAUCAACAUUUGAGUUGUCGUUAUUUGCUGAAACAUUUUAUGAAAUGCUUCAGUAUCAAAUGGGUUCCAGGAUUUUAGCAUUUCUCCAGAAGUUGCGUAUCAAAUUUGUGGCUAAAAGAAACCAGAAAAAGAGACAGUUGGAAGAAGUUUCUGAGAAGGAAAAAGUGAAAACAUCAAAGCGUUUGAAAAGUGAUGAUUCUGAAGUAAAAAUCAAAUCAGUUGAAAAUGAAGUUUUAGAAAACGAUGAAAAGAAUAUUCCAAAAGUGGAAAACAUGGUUACUGAAAACACAGAGAAUACAAAAUCAGAUGAAGAUCUUGAAGAAGAUGAAGAUAUGACAGAUGCAAGUUCCAGAGAUAACACAAGGAAUGAGAAAACUGACAUAGAUUUGAAGUCCAAAAACAUAGUAAAGAAUGAAGAAGAGGAAGAGGAAAAGGUGGAUUUAAAAAAGAAAGAAAUAAUCGACAAGGAGCUUUUACAGGCUUUUAGGUUUUUUGACCGAAAUCGAGUUGGUCACAUUAGGGUUGAAGAUAUGCGGUUGAUCAUACAUAAUUUGGGGAAUUUCUUGUCUCAUAGAGAAGUCAAGGAACUUGUACAAAGUGCAUUGCUAGAAAGCAACACUGGGAGGGACGAUAGAAUUCUGUACAAUAAGCUGGUGAAAAUGACUGACAUUUGAAGUGAUAGAUUGAUGCUUUUUUUUUUUUUUGGUGACAUUUUUGCACUCUUGUGUAAUUGGAAGGCAUUUGCUUUUGGAUGU